CAGGAGCGAGCGAGCGGCAGGGGAGGCGGGAACAGGGGGACCCCUCCUGACAGCUGUAGGGUUCCCUGCGUGACGUCAGUGGCUUGACGCCUCUGUGGACGCUUUCUCUGGACUUUGCUCGAUUCGGUCAACGUCGACCAGACCAUCGUGGAACGAUGCCGCUAUCGUCGAGAGACACGUUGAAGGGGAGUCGGGGAGGGAGGGGCUGAUCUAAGACAGCAAUGUCAGUGAUGACGGCUGCAUGGCCGCUUGCCGCUUCCCGCUUUUGCACAUCAAUGCCAUCGGUGCCUCGAGAAAUUUGACAGGUCUACCUUCAACAUGUGCCUGCCAUCUUUCGUCACUGUCCCGAGUCUGUGGUUCGACAUCUUGCUAGCCCUAGCUUAAGGCACUCUGAACCCCACCUGCCCUUUGCCCUUCCAACACGACGUGAUCACAUCGUGACUCCUUCGCUUCCUCUUUGAGACCCUCAUCAGUAACAGGACGUACUGCCAGCUCAGAGUGGUCCAACAACAGUCCCUCCCUAAUCCGGCCAGAACACCCGAUCAACAGGCAAAAUGCACCGCAAUCUCUCCAUCCGCUCCGGCAAGACCACCGGCGGCACCGGCUCGUCCGGAGGGUCCCACCGCGUCGGCCUCUCGCUGUCCUCCCUGCGGGGCUCGAUCCAGCCGGAACUCUCACGCAAGCUGUACAAACUCAUCAAGACCUCCAACAACGUCGUGUCCGCACACGAGUCCGCCGGCCGCGAGCGCGUCAACAUCGCAACCCAGCUGUCCGAGUGGGGCGAGCAGAUGGGCGACGAGGCCAUCAGCGACGUCAGCGACAAGGUCGGCGUCAUCCUCAGCGAGAUCGGCGAGCAGGAGGACAAUUAUGCACAUGCCCUCGACGACGCGAGGGGUCUCAUGAAGCAGAUCCGCAACACCGAGAAGAGCGUCCAGCCCAGCCGCGACGGGAAGCGCAAGGUCGCUGAUGAGAUUGCCAAGAUCAAGUCCAAGGAGCCCGAAAGCACCAAGCUUGUUGUUCUUGAGCAGGAGCUUGUCAGGGCCGAGGCGGAGAAUCUGGUUGCUGAGGCUCAGCUGACGAAUAUCACCCGUCAGAAGCUCAAGGAAUCCUACGACGCCGAAUUCCUCGCCACGAUCGAGCGUGCCGAGAAGCAGAUCAUCCUCGCCCGCCACGGCCGCCGCCUGCUCCAGCUCCUGGAUGACCACGCUGUAGUGCCAGGCGACGAACGCCAGCCCUACACCCACAGCGCCCAGGCACGCCAGAUCCUGAACGACGCUGAAGAUGACCUCCGAGAUUGGCAGCCAGAGCCCGAAGACCAACAGCUAGGCUCCUCCCAGCAACGAACGUCCCACGAGCAAAAGGCGCCCACCGAGCUCAGCAGCCCGACGUUCUCGAGUGGUGGGGAGCUGAGUCCCAGGGAGGCCACGCACGGUGGAAUUGCACAGAACGUUUCUGGAACCGCGGGUGGUGAGGUGGCAGACACCACUUCGACCGCCCAGCCUCAAGUCACCGCAUCGGCAGCUUGAUGGGAGCACCAUAGUGAUGGCUGGCAGCCCUGUCAGUUUCGUGGGUGGCUAGAGGCACCACCAGAGAUAGCAGUGGCCUGGUUUGGCAUGCGCAGAUAACAUUUUGCCUAAGGAGCGCGGGAAGAAUGGGAUAUCUUGGUGAGUAUUAUUUUAGCAACGGUCUGAUUGUUUUGUACGAGUUUGCCCUGUGCUUUGAUUGUCUUGGUUGGGAAUAUGGUCAGCGAUGGGUAAACGUUUUUGGGCUCGAGGUCGGUUGGGAUAUUCAUUUUCUGUCGGACCACAGCAAGCCGAAUCGAGAAACAGAACUCACUAAGUGCAGUCAUGGAAAGAUCAUAACACCAUGUUUAUAGGAUGCUCGUUGCGAAUCAAGUUACUAUGACACAGA